AUGGAAGCCAAUACAGCCAACGCUAUACCUCAAUGUCAAUGUAUAGGUGGAAAGAUACCAGCCCAAAUAUCCCCAGUAAUCGACACCUUCCCCAAUGUACCCGGAACGGCGUCACUUUACGAGCUCACCUUCGAAGUCAAAGACAUUGGACCUCUUGGCGUCAAUUACUUCUACGUAGUCAAAGAAGAUCAAAAAGUCAACGAGCCAAACUUAAUAAAACCGACACUCGAUACUACCCUGGGCACAAGCACCACGGGCAUCGAACUUGACCAAGCCACGGGCCUGCUUAAGUCGGUUACCCUUAACGGUGUACGGCAGUCGGUUUCCCAGCAGUUCCUCUAUUACAAGGCGAGCAAUCGUACCGAUGGAGUGCGUGCGUCCGGCGCUUACAUUUUCCGCCCUGUGCCCGGCACGGUUGCGCAAGUGAUCGGGGAUCAAGUCAAGUUUUCCACGUACAAAGGCGAGCUCUACGACGAAGUGCACCAGACGUACGCCGACUGGCUCAAGCAGGUCAUUCGGGUUUACAAAGACGCGAACUACGUCGAGUUCGAUUGGAUCGUGGGACCGCUCGGUUACGUCGACAAUUUGGGGGUGGAGGUGAUCACGCGAUAUACCACCGAUUUGAAUAGCGGCGCGACCUUCUAUACCGACUCCAACGGCCGACAGCUCGUGAAGCGCACGCGUAACACGCGCCCCACCUACGCCUACACGAACGAACAGCCGAUCAGCGGAAAUUACUACCCGGUAACGUCGAGGAUCGCGAUUAAGGACGAGGAGAAGGAUAUCAGCGUGGCGAUAUUGAACGAUCGAUCUCAGGGCGGCUCCAGUUUGAAGAGCGGCGAAAUUGAGCUAAUGGUAAGCCUCUGCUUCCUGGUCGUCCUUCUGGAUCUUUUAUUUCACUCUAAAAGCGAUUUGGUAUUGUUGAUCCUGCCUCUGAUGCUUCAUCAGCGCACUUCUUUGUAG